AUGGAAGCUGUGCAAGAGAAAAGUCUCACGCUGGAAGACAAGGCAAAGCUUAAGCAAAGGCUAGCCCUGCUGAAAAAAGAAUACAAGAGAACAGUUACUCGUUUACAGAAAUCAGAGAGAGCUGAAAGGGUGAAGAUCCAUGUCAAGGGACCCAUUGAAGAGCAAAGUCAGGAAUACAUCGGGCAGGAUCGUGUGCUGUUGUCAGCAGGUCUUGAAAACGUUACCAGCAAUGCUCUAGAUCUCGGGGAAUUGCACAGAAAGUAUGAGACCCCCUCAGCAGACAAGCUAUGUGUCUCUAGUUUGGAGCCUGAAAUUGUCAACAGUAACAGCAGGACCCCUCCGUGCUCCGGCGGUGAGAGCAGUGAACAAGAAGCUGAAGGAAACAGAGCUCACCAGUCUAGCCAAGUUUCCAGAAACCGGCUGAGGUUAAGCCGACCGGCGAGAAAAGUCUGUUUUUCUGAAUCACCAUCGCCAGGUGUAUUUCGUGUCAGCAGUACUGUGAAUGUCCUGGAUGGAAAGGAAAGUACUUUAGAUAAAAGUCUGUCACCAGUGUUCAAUAAGCAUCCUACAGAUCAUGCUCCUCUGAGACCAGACAAUGCCACUGCUAGCUUUUGGUCAGAGGACACAAAGCCUGAAGACAUUGCUCAUGAGAUCGUUGGUCCUUCUAAUACUGCAUUGUUCCGACUGGGGACAGCAGAUAACUCACCCGGUGAAGUUAGGAGGAAUUUUGACACUCUGCAGUCAGUUGGUGCAGAAAUCACUACACCCAAUGAACUGGUACAACAUUGUGUGGAAAAGACAGAAACCACAGAGGAGCAGCCACUACCCACAGAUGUAGCAGCAACACGCAAUUCCAAUUGUGCCCUUUUGGUCACACCGCUGCAAGUGCUUGUAUUUGAAAACCGCACCGACCUGAAGACAACUUCUGAACCUAGUCCUCCCUUGUCUUCUCAAAACCAGACUCCGCCAAACCUUAAGAUGCAGGCUGAAAGUACCGUAAUAGAGGAAGGCCAUAACCCACUCAGUUCCUGCACCCUGGUGGAGGGGCUGUUAUUCCCGGUGGAAUAUUAUGUCAGGACAACACGCCGCAUGGCCAGCUGUCAGAGGAAAAUUGAUAUUGAUGCAGUAAUAAACAGCCAUCUUAUCACAGGAAGAAAGGGAUCGAGGGGAAGGCCACGCCGAAACAGCACAUCUUCAUCCACACCUAUUAAUACCAGUGAUAAACUGUUUAAUUCCCUGACGCCUCUAAGCCGUCCUUCUGUAAAUAGUGCUGGAGUGGUUUCGCGAUCCAGGCGUGGAAGAGGGCGGAAAUCCUGUCCGGCUGUGCUAUCGUCUGGUCUAAAAGAUAUAUCUAUUCAGCUUAAGUUUGGUGAUGAGAGCAGCCUAACGCCCAGCGGCUCACAGAGUGAGAAAGAAAACUGUGAGGAGGCUUCGCCAAGCAAGUCACAGAGUGCUGCGAAGUGUCUUACUAAUAUAACUGAUGGUUCCCAGAUAAAAGAGAUGGAUGGAUUUAGGAUAUUGCUGUCUGAUAAGAAGGCAUACAAUCUUCGAUCUCAGGACUCCGCUGUUUUGAAUGUACGCACGUCAGCUAGUGAUUUUGGUAGCUCUAAGGAAGCCAAUGAACCUACAGGUUCGCCAUUUCCUCGCUUCAGCGGGAAGGUCAGUCUUGACAAUCUAUCUCACCUCUUGAAAAUUACAGACUUCCAUUUGCCAGAUGAGGACUUUGGCAUUCUGAAGCUGGAUAAGCUGAAAUCAGCAAAUCACCUGGAACCAUUUACUCCCCAUACAUCCAGAGAGAGAGGAGAGUGCAGCCAGCAUCCUAAGAAUGACAGCAGCACAUUGCCACCUACAGGUAGCUCAGCAGUGCUGCAGGAAGUGGAUCUUAGGAGUUGUUCCCAAAAAUCAGAGAUCGCUUUAAAACUAUUAGAAACUAAUGAACACUGUACAGAUGUUGAUCAUCCGCCUUGCAACAAUGGAAGCAUUUUGGGAAAUGAUAUACAGCAAUCAGCCGAUGCGGUAGUAUCGCCACAUUCUCCUAUAAGAGAGCCAACAAAUGCAUUGCUGUCACAAAUGUCACCUGUUAUAACUGAAGUCUUAGACUCCAAAGAAAAAACAUCCCAUUCUCCUACAAAAGACUUCUUGUGCAGCCCAUCUCCCAAUGAGAAUCAUAGUCGCACCAUCUCUAUUCUGGGAAGACUCCUUCCUGAUGACGAAAUAUCCCCAACCAUUCUUCUGAAUCCUACUGGAUCCUUAAAUGAUGGUGAAGUACAAGCUUGUAUCCCUUUUACUGAAGUUUCAGGAGCUGCUGAAUGUUUGGGGGCAAAUCUUGACUCAUGCAAAGGUUUGGAGUCCAAUGAUGUUCCCACAGAUUCUCCCACAGAGUCAGAGAUGCCUGGAAAGCUUUCCUCUCCUAAAGAACUGAACAGUACUGCGCUCUUCUUACCAUCAGUAUGUUCUGUCCCUCUAGAGAGUAUAAUUGAUACUGUAGCUUCCUUCUGCACGCCAGGGCUUCCUUUUUUAGGUUCAACGCCGGCUGUUUUUUCUUCUCCACAAGGCAGCAAAACAUUCGUUGUUUGCAGUCCGGUAGAUGAGGGGCAGGAGAAAGCCCUUUGUUCAGAGGCCUGUGGUGGAGAAGGCCCUACAUAUAUGCCACUGAGUUAUUUGAUUGCUACUGGAGAUACAGAGGACACCAAGCCAUGUCAUGUUGUAUUGGGACAAGACAAUAACACAGUGGUUGAAGGUCAUUGUGAAAAUCUAGAGCAUCAAGAGAAGAGCCUGCUAUCAAAGACUGACAAAGAUAGAUCUGUUCUUGUUACAUCAGGAAGAGCUGCUAAUGAAGAUACAGAAGAGGGGAUUGUAUCAGGAGGUCAGCUACGACUGCUUUCGGAAGUAAAGGAGAGCUGUGGUGGUGGUGGUUGUGCAGUGGAUCUGUGCUCUGUUUGGUGGGAGUUCUCUGACAGACCAGAGCUCUGCAUUGUAUCAGCAAGCGAAUCCUCGGUUUGCCUUUGGAGACCUAAAUCAGAGGUGGCUUGGGAAUGUGCUCACAUGUGGAGCUUUACAGAGAUGCCUGUUAUCGAGAUACUUCCAUUAUCUCAGGAGAAGAAUAUUGUUUGCGUUGCUUUAGGAAAUCUAGAAAUCAUGGAGAUCUGGGCUUUAUUCUCAUCCCCGGAAAGGCUUGGCUGGGAAAAGCAGCUGGUCAAACGUGGGCACAUGAAAACGGCCCAGGGUCUGUCGAGGCACCGUCUGGUCAGCAGUGGCAUUGGAGAAGAUGGCCAGGUGGUGGAAGUGCAGCAGUUGUCAGAGACAGGAAGUUCAGUGGAUUCCCUUUCAUUGGUGCCUCCCAGAGACAGUGUUCUGGCAUUCUGUGAAGUGGAAGGAGAGAAGAAUGCUCUGGUCGGAUCCACCAUGGAUGCUUACGUGGUUGUCUGGAAUACCAUCACUGGACACCUCCUGAGUUCGGUCUGCAUGGGUGACCACUGCUCCGACCUCACCUGUCUCAGCGUAACAUCCGACUCUGGUUUGUUGUUUUUGGUUGUCGGGAGUCUGUUCAGCAAACCUUGUGUGGAUGCAGGCAGCUGCAUAUUCAAGCUGAUCGCCGUCAAUCCGCUAGGAGGAGCCAGCACUCCCAUUAUGUCUUAUGUCAUUCCGAAUAAACCUGGUAGCAGAUAUCUGGAAGCAGAUGUUAAAAGACAAAAGGCAGCUGCAGUAUUGACCUGUGGAAGCAUAGCACUUUGGGAUUUACCCAGAAGCCGUUGCAGCGUUACACUUCCCCCUAGCUUGGACGCACCAUGGUGUCUUGUACGGUGGAGCCACAGUCCAUCCUGCUUACUGAUUGGAAAGAUUGAUGGAACCAUUUGCAUCUAUGAAUAUACAGAGCCCUACUCAAAUAAGGAAAGUUGA